CAGCUCUGAUUGGCUUAGAGGAUAAUGGCCCCGCCCAUCACAGGCGCCCCAACCCGGAAAAGGGAAUCUAUUCUUUAGGGGUAAAAGUCUGGAUUCUUGAAGCAGCGGUGGAGGAUUAUUGAUCCUGUUCCUGUGCUCCUACUUUGGUGGAGACCUGAAGGUAUGGGACAUGGCAACAACUGAGGCGCAGUGGAUGUUGAGCGUGGGUUUAAUUGAGAAAGAUGUGAACGGAGACACGCUGUGGGUAUGGUGUUACCCGUCCGUGGGUUCUGAUCUGAGGCAGGUUUUGCUGAGGAAGUGCUGCCUGACCCAGGAGAGCCGACAUUUCAGAACCUUUGUGUUUGGUCAGUACAGCCGCAGCUGGUACUACAUCAGCACAGUGGAGGUUCAGGAGCCCACAGCUCUAACCAAGGUGACCCAUUUCUCUAUUGUUGUUACAUCAAAAGAUUUCAACCCUGAGAAAUAUGCCGCUCUCAGCAGAAUACUCUGCAGGAUGUACAUCAAACAUGGCAGUCCCGUAAAGAUGAUGGAGGCGUACAUCGCCGUUCUGACCAAAGGAGUCUGCCAGAGCGACGAAAACGGCUCCUUCCUCAUUAAGGACUACGAUGUUCGUAAAGCUUACCUGGCGGGUUCAGUCAAAGAUGUUGUGUCUCAGUUUGGAAUGGAGACCAUCAUCCUGUAUACAGCCCUGAUGCUGAAGAAGAGGAUUGUAGUCCAUCAUCCUCGGAUCGAGGCCCUGUUGGAGUUUACCAGAGCUCUGCCAGCACUGGUGUGGCACAGAAAAGACUGGUCCAUCCUUCACCCGUACGUUCAUCUGGCGGAGGUGGAGCUGGAGGAUCUGAAGACAUGUCCCGGAUACGUGGCAGGAUUUGUAGAUCCAGAAGUGAGCAAUAGAUCCGACUUGUUUGACGUUUUCGUGAGUCUUCCAGAUAGUGUCAUCACUGUGUCCCAGAGUGCCAAAGAUGCCAUGGCUAUGGGGAAGUUGCACAAAGACAUCGGUCACGUUAUCGUCCAAUCUGCAGAAGAUUCUGAAGGAUCUGACAGUCAGGUCAUUAAGGACAUUUCUACAAAGACAAAAGAAGUUCUUGCCACCCUGGUAGCACUAGCCAGUGAGUGUGAAGACUCCAAGGUCACGCUGGAAGCCUUGAAGCAGCAUCAUUUCCCCCCCGCCACAGAGAACUUCCUCUUUCAUUUAGCAGCAGCAGAGCAACUUCUGCGGAUUUGAUCCUGAGAUGCUGCCGACUCAAUGAGAGCGUCAGGAGCAGCAGCUUUUAACUUAAAGAGAAGUUUUAACCUUUUAUUUGUUGCUACAGAUCCAGCUGGAAAACCUCCAUGUUCCCUGCAUGUUUUCAUGCUCCACGAUCAUCAAACCUUCACUGAAGACGUGCAUCACACGUGACCAGCAUUCACUGCAAUAUUGGGUUAGUGGUUAGAAACCGUGUGGCUCUGAUCAGAAAUGCACAAAAUGUUUUUUGUAACAAUUUUAUAUUUUCCUAACGGCAUCAGAGCCACAAAAGUCUUUAGGCCACUGAGACGCAGCUUUUAACAAAUGUCUAAAUCGGAUCGAUGCUCUUUGAUUCUGUUUUAUUGCAGUGUAGUAAACAGAAACUUUUAGUGAUGACUGUGACGGUUGUUGUUGAAUCCGUUUCUGGUAAGAGGCUCAUAUUUUGUAUUAGUCCACAGCUCAAUAAAGUUUCUAUGAUCA